GUUUCAUUCCGUAAGAGAAGAGAAGGGCCAUAAAAGAGAGAUGUUUUUAAUCUAUUGAAGUCGGUGACGUUUUAGAACGUUGGAACGACGAUCCGUUAAACUGCGCGCGGAAUUAGAGUGCUGCAGGCAGAUGAUCAUGUGGCUCGAGCGAAAGGAAGACCCCUGCGCGCUGAGCGGCUGAGAGCGCGGGCUUUGGACUCCGGAAGAAGGUGCGAUGGAAUAGAAUUCAACGUUGCCUGGCGACCGACCGACCGACCGACCAAACCGACGGUCGACUGAACUAUUGGGAGUCAAUAUGCCAACGUUUUCUGUCAUGUACAAAGGAGCAGUUAUCAUUAGCAGGACACUAAUGGGUCCGUAUGGGGUAGAUCGUGCCGUUCAUGAAAUAGAAUUUACCGACUGUGAGAAUGGACUGGGGAUCAAAGUGAUUGGAGGAAUGAAGGAGUUAACGGGAGAGGAGUUUGGAGUCUACGUCAAAAGGAUUUUACCUGGUGGCCUUGCUUCAAGUGAUGGACACCUCCAGGCGGGAGACCAGAUCUUGGAGGUGAAUGGGGAGAGUUUACUAGGGGUCACCAGUGAAAGAGCAGUAGACGUUCUGAGAUCAGCGUCCUCGAGCAACCAAAUGCGCCUUCUGAUCGCCAGAGAUGAGGAAGCCAGGAGAGAGUUUUCAGAGCUUUUGGAGAAGUAUGGAUCCAGCAGUUUGUUCUGUGGGGUGUGA